GUAAGAUGUCAAAUCUAUUUUAUAAUUCGUCCGUGGCAAAAAUAUGCAACCAACCAAUAGGAAUAAGUAUGAAAGUAUUCGUUAAUCGAGCAGUGGGGAAAGGGAGUGACGAGUGACUACGAAUUACAAUUAGCGACACAACAAAUGAAAGCGUGACGUGAAUACGCUGGUUUGCCAUACCGCGUCGGGAUAAUGUCGUUCGAGAAGAAAAACGUUAUUCGUUUAUAAAGCAGGGUACAUAAAAGCCCCGUAAUUGAAUCUCGGCACUGUUUUAUCGUACAGUUGCCAGAAAAUGGAAGCAGACUAUCAACCGACGCUAAAUCCAACGCGAACUUUGACAGCAAUAGCUAAUGAAGUCGAAGACCCAUACCCAAGUUUGUCAGAUUAUCAUGAUUAUGAGCCCAACUUGGAGUUCGAUGAUACUGAAUUACAAACUACUUCAAAUAAUGCUUUAGAAGAAAAGGAUUUAAUUAACAGUGCAGGAACUAGAUUAAAUUAUUUGGAGAGUCCAGUAAGCGAUGGAACAAUUGAAGAAAACUUUGAAGAAGCUUUGGUAGAUGCUCCAGUUAUCAAAUCCGCAGAGGAUCUUGCUGCAUUAGAUGGUGAACUUGCGGAUGAAGAAGAUUAUCUUGAUAUAUCAAGAUAUGGCAUUGUAGAAGUGGUUGGUGAUGAUAAUGCUGGGCGUAAAGUAAUAGUAGUAUCUGCAUGUAAAUUGCCUCCUGUUGGAAAAGAAACUUUUAAUUAUGCAAAACUUCUCAGGUAUCUCACACAUACUUUAGACACAUUUGUAGAGCAAGACUAUAGUCUAGUUUAUUUUCAUUAUGGUCUUACUUCAAAAAAUAAACCACCAUUGUCUUGGUUAUGGCAAGCAUAUAAAGCUUUUGACAGAAAAUAUAAAAAAAAUUUGAAAGCAUUAUAUUUGGUGCAUCCAACUAAUUUUAUUAGAAUUGUAUGGCAAAUAUUUAAGCCAGCUAUUAGUGCAAAGUUUGGUCGAAAAAUGAUGUAUGUCAAUUACUUAGAAGAAUUAGCACAAUACAUUAAUCUUGAUCAACUUAUUAUACCUCCUCAAGUAAUAGAACACAAUGAACAGCUAAUGUUAAAGAAUAAAAAGAAUUUACCAACAAGUCCACCUCAGAGUACGGUAACAACACCAGUUGGUACCACUCAAUUUGGAGCAAGUCUCACUUUUAUUAAAGAAAAUAACAAUGGCGAUCCUAUACCACCAAUAGUGCGACAAUGCAUUGAAUUUCUUGAUAUGCCUGAUGCAUUAGAAACAGAAGGGAUAUUUAGAAGAUCAGCUAAUGUGGCAGUAGUUAAAGAACUUCAAAAUCGUUGUAAUCAAGGAUUACCAAUUGAUUUUCAAGGAGACCCGCAUAUAGCAGCUGUUCUUCUUAAAACAUUUCUUCGAGAAUUAGAUGAACCACUUAUGACGUAUGAUUUAUAUGAUGAAAUAACACAAUUUCAAGCUCUAUCAAAAGAUGAGCGUCCAAGAAGAGUUAAAAUAUUGGUACUUGAAAAACUUCCAGAAGAUAAUUAUCAAGUGUUAAAAUAUAUCGUACAAUUUUUAUCAAGGGUAAUGGAUAGAUCUGAUUUAAACAAAAUGACAUCAAGUAAUCUUGCUGUUGUAUUUGGUCCAAAUCUUGUCAGAGCACCACCAUCACGUGGAAUGUCACUUUCCGCAAUAGGUCCCAUUAAUCAAUUUAUAGACUUUUUAUUUACCCAUCAGGAUAAAAUAUUUAUUAUAUAAAGAAAAUAUAGGAUUGAACGCUAAAGGCCUAAUUUAAAACGAAAUUAAUACUUUAUCUAUGUUAUGAAACAGAAAUUUUAUAAAUUUGGCUGCCAAGUUUGAUAUUAUAUGAACUUAUAUAAAUAACUUCGAAGAAAAUUUUAUAGAAUUUUUAUUGAAAAUUAUAUCAAGUUCCUAAGAAUUUCAUUUUAAAAUGUAAAAACAAGAAUCUUCGAAGUCAUAUCAAACUUGUUGGAACUUGAACGUAAUAACUCGUGUAUAAUAUUCAUAUUUAAUUAUAACAUUCGUAUUUUGUUGAUUAAAAUAUUUUUAUAUUUAAAUAUACAGAUAGAAAAAUACUUGCAUACCUAAUAUCACAAACAGCGUUUAAUUAUACAACUUGCACAAAAUUUCUUUUUUAGUAAAUUAAUAUAAUAAUUUCAUGGGACAUAAAAAUAUUGUAAAUCAAUCUGGAUAUACAAUUUAAAAAUAUGUAAAAUUAUAAAAAUUAAUGGUAUACCAAAGAUAUAUAAAAAUAUCAUGCAAUUUAUAAAAUAUAGGAUUAUUUAAAAUUAGCAUAAUGUAAUAAAACUAGACAGACAAAUUAUGUUGUACAGGAUGCCUUGCUCGCAUAAUUUUAUUAACUUAUAUAAGCAUUAACAUGACAAAUGUCAUAAAAGUCAUAAUAAUUAUAUUGUUAUAAUUUAUAUUAGCCAAAGCAAAAAUAUAGUAAUGAAUUUAGAAAUUAUUAUUAAUAUAUGGCAUCCUUUGUAUUAACAUUAUAUGUGUAUAUAUAUAUAUAUAUAUAUAUAUAUAUAUAUAUAUAUAUACACACACAGAGAUUAAUAGCAUUAUAUACAAGUUCAGUUUGAUUAAACAAAAUUGUUUUUUAAUUAUACAUACAUAAAUACAAAGAAUUUUGAUGCAUUAUUAAAAUCAUAUUACAAAAAAUUAACAAUAAAAUUUCUUAUUUUUAAGUAUAAAUUAAGUUACUAAUAUAACUAGCAUAUUUAUAUGAUACUUGGUUUGUAACUUCCAUACAAUGAAAAUUUAUAAAUAGCAAAUUCAAAAAGAAAAAAAUAAUUCGUAUAAUUAUUUGCCGAUUUAAAAUAAUAAUAAACAAUGGAAUUUAUUAUUUUUUAUUAUAUAAUUUAAUAAUUAAAUUAAAAUCAUUGUCAGGGUAUCAUGUAAUAUAAUAUUUAGUAUACUAUUUGUUAUCACUUGAAAGAUGAAAGACUUAUAAUAAUCUUUCUAUUAUAAUAUGUGUAUCUUUGUACAUUUUCUUAAAUAGUCCUGCCAUUAUGGGUUUCUGGGAUAAAAUAGAGGCUCAUUGCCUAAUAUGUUCUCUGUUGUGGAAAAAGACUAACCCAGACCUAUAUAGAACUGACACAAGUACAUUCCUUGUUAAUAGAAUAAAAAUAUUACAUAAAUAUAUAAUUAUUUAUAUAAAAAAAA